ACGAAAUUUCAAACCAUGGCAAGAACCAAGCAGACCGCCCGCAAAUCCACCGGAGGAAAGGCUCCCAGGAAGCAGCUGGCCACCAAGGCUGCCCGUAAGAGCGCCCCGGCCACCGGCGGCGUGAAGAAGCCUCACCGUUACAGGCCCGGUACCGUGGCUCUGAGGGAGAUCCGCCGCUACCAGAAAUCCACUGAGCUGCUGAUCCGCAAACUGCCCUUCCAGCGCCUGGUCCGUGAAAUCGCCCAGGACUUCAAGACCGACCUGCGCUUCCAGAGCUCCGCCGUCAUGGCUCUGCAGGAGGCCAGCGAGGCUUACCUGGUCGGGCUCUUCGAGGACACCAACCUGUGCGCCAUCCACGCCAAGAGGGUCACCAUCAUGCCCAAAGACAUCCAGCUGGCCCGCCGCAUCCGCGGGGAACGGGCUUAGACUCACCUCGGUCCGGUUCAUAUAAACACAACGGCUCUUUUAAGAGCCACACACUUCACACUGAGAGCUGAGCUCCGAACAUAAGCGACAGAAAACACGAAAAUAACAUCAAUGUAUUUCAUGUUGAAUGAAUAUUUUUUUUCAUCGUACUGAGCUAUGAGUGAGGUUCGAGACCGUAGCAGUGAGGCUGAUAUCGGCGAUACCGACGUGACUUCAUGUUUAUAGUUAAAAGUGAACUCGGUGUCCUGUUGUAGGCGCCUCAUGUACUAUAUGACCGAGCUAAUACGACAGAGGACACGGUCAUACAAAAUAUGUGAAAACCGGACCACUAAUACAAAUGAAAAGCUAAACCAUCAUAACUGUGACAGUCCUCAUUAAUGCCUCAUAUUCUGUGUUGUGGUUUCACAAGGUUUGUGUUUCGCAAUUCAGUAUUGUAGUUACUUUCCACUUUGCUCCUCUUAAUGAUUAUUCAUUAUUGCAAAAGACUGAAUAAUCAAAAGAACUGAUAUUUUCUAUUUGAGAAUCGGGUUUAGAGCAUAAAGACCUGGUAUCUGAGGUACCAAUAUUUCAGUUUCUCUCUGCCCAUCACUAGUGAGCAUGUAUCAUGACCGAGAGCCCCCUCUGCUGGAUUCAACAGACAUGACUAAUCGAUCAUGAGCAGACUCAGUAACAUUAUUGACUUUUAUGCGUAUUUUGUUUUUGUGCAGCAUCAGAUUUUCUAUAAAAAAUCCCUCUUGGGCUGUUUUUGUUGCAUUGACUUCCAUUAUAAAUGACACUAAAUAACAAUGCAUUUUACAAUGCUGGCAGUUGCUGUGUGUAGUUAUAAUAAAAACAUGCACACACACACACUUAUAUACUCAUAAACUCAAUAUAUCAAAUACAAACACUAAGCUUUCAUACAACAAGCCCUGCAAUGGGUAAAUGGUGCGACUUAAUAAAAUUGCCAAAUUUGAACCCCAGUUGUGAUGGCAGUCGAUGCAGCACCAUCUCUGCAAUGGUGAAGACAUCCGUCUCAUUUAUAGUGAAGAUGAGGCUCACACUCAACAGGUGGACAUGGAAUAAAGUUUUACAAGUGUACAGGUGAGGAAUUACAUUCUUCUAUUUUAAUUGUUCGUGUUUGCACUAAAAGAAAUUGAAAAAUCUGUAGUUGUUAUUGUUACUUAUAGGUUAUUAUUAUUAUUAUCUUACUGGUCCCAUUUGAAAUUAAAUUGGGCUGGAUGUGGACCCUAAACUUAAAUGAGUUUGACGCCCCUGCUCUAACGGGUUCAUUCCUUAAAGGACAAAGUCUACGAACUAAACGUAGCUGAAUACAUCUGCUGUUUCCUGUUGAUGAAGCAAAGACUCUCACUGAUUGUUUGAAUUAUUCUAUGAUUUCUCAACUAAGUCAAUUCAUUUUAAUUCAAAAUUGAAUCAAACUUGAGUUUGAGAAAUUUAAUUUUAUUUAACCACUGAUAAAUGACAAAUCCUGGCGGCAACAGUUCGUGAAUUUGAAGACAUCAUUCACUGGAAAAUAAAAGCACAUGACAACAAUAUUAUUUUGCUUUUAAGUUCAUUAACAGUCAACAGCAAGAUGUAAAUAAUUCAACCAGUGGACAAUAUGAACAUAACUAAAAUACAGAUUACAAAUAUGUGUUUGAUUAAAGCAGAAAUUUGUGUGAAAAUGAACUGAAGCUGAAUGAAUUUUAAUGCGAGUAAAUUAUUUGUAAACUUGAAAUGAAAGCAAAGAGAAAAAGUGAUUUAACCAAGAAGCAUCAACACAAACAUUUCAAACUGUAAAACCACAAUUAUACAACAUUUAGUCAACUUUCUAUCAACCUGAAAUCUGAGAUGUUUCAUUUACAUAAGAAUAUUUAUACAAGACAGAUCUUGAAAGUAGUUCUUUUAGUUUUUCUUGACGGUGCUGUACAGUGCAAACGGAUCCUCCACAUUUUCUUGGCGUCUUGUUCUGUGAAGUGAAAAUAAACCAUCCAGUCAGUUUCUAAACCCACAUUAAUCUUUAGUUGUUUAGUCUUGGAGCAGUUUCUCACCCCGUGCAAUGACUAGAAGAGUUAAAUCUCAUAGUUGUGUAUUCAGUGUCCUUCUCUUCCUCCUCUGUUUGACUCUGAUCUCUCCUUCUGUUGGAGUGAACAUACAGUAGAAACAGAUCCUCCACAUUUUCUUGGCGUCUUGUUCUGUGAAGUGAAAAUAAACCAUUCAGUCAGUUUCUAAACCCACAUUUAUCUUUAGUUGUUUAGUCUUGUAGCAGUUUCUCACCUUGUGCAACGAUUAGAAGAGUUAGAUCUCAUAGUUAUGUACAGAGUGUCCUCCUCUUCCUCCUCUGUUUGACUCUGAUCUCUCCUUCUGUUGGAGUGAACAACAUCUGUCUCCCUCUGGAAGCAGAUGCUGCUGUACUGGACGUCAUCCUGUGGUUCUGCUGCAGAGGACGGGAUGUCCAACACUGGAACCAUGUUCAGCUGAAAGGACAAACACAACUGGAGUGGAACUAAAUGUUGAAUUGAUCUGACAGGAGGUCAAAGAAGAGUUGUGAAUGUGAUGAUGAGUAUUUCUUGCCACCAUCUCCUGAUAACAUGUAGGUUAAG